UGCCGUUUUUAGGAAGCUUAGUUAGAUAAGGGCCCUGGUAGGUUGAGGACUAUUUUUUUUUAAUGUUCUGCGUUGUUUCAAGUUUCAAUAAUUGUCACUGAUUGAAAAUGCCACCUAAAGCAGUUAAGAAGGGCUCAGCCAAAAAGCCCAAUGCUUCUGGUGCCUCAGCUGUCGGCAAGAACUGGGAGGCUGGUCUCAGCAGAGCUCCGUUUGAAGAGGAGUCAUGGCAAGCCUGUGUGUCUCUGGUGGUCGGGAGAAGUCCAGAGGAGGAGAAGCUGACCCAGGCUUUGUCUGUGGCUGCACAGAAACCACAGCGCAAACUUUUCAGCUUGCUGACCUGGGAAAGCACCGUUGCAAAGAUCCAUGAACUGGGGAAUCCCAAAGCAAAACGACCUGAUGAAGCCCCCAUGUUUUAUGAGGUUACAGAGCCAGCGAAGGUACUCCUGGAUGCAGGAGAUGAGAUUCCUUGUGACCUGAUGGCUAAUAUACUGAAGUUCCAGCUGCUACAAAUCAAAGCCAAUGAUCAGCAGAGGAGGGAAGCCGAGCAGGCUGAGGAGGAGAAGGCAAACGUUGAUCCUCCCUCUGUCAACAAGGACAAAGGAGGGGCUAAAGUCACUGACAAAAAGGGGAAGGGCCCACCCUCACCUGUGGGACCCUCUAAGGAGAAGAAGACAAAGCUAAAACGCAGGGAUGAUGUUGAGCCACCAAAGUAUAUAGAUGACGAGCCAGAGGAUGGACCUCAACACUACAUCCUGCUGCUCGGCUUCUUUCAGCCCCACCUGAUUGGAGCGCUUGAUGCCUUAGGUGUUCAUGUAGCCAAUGUCAUUAAAUUGUGUUCGGAGCACACACAAACUUCUGAGGAGCAGCAGGAAGAAAGUCCCUUUGGGGGCAAUGAGCAGACAACUUCUCCAGUUUUGGAUUCAGCAGAAGUUCAUGGUCGUGCAGAGUUGGAUUUAUUCUGGUCCGGUCUGAGACCAGUUUUGGACAGCGGGCCUCCCCAGUCCAAGCUCCAUGAUGCGGUUCAGCUUAGCUACACUGCUCCAGAUCUCAGUUCUCACACACAGAACCCUGACGCUGAGCUGGAGAUUGGAAACCAAAUCUUUGAAGGUGUGGCCAAUCUCAUCUAUGACUGUCUGAAAUGGCGCCUACAACAUCAGCACUACCUGGACAACAUGGAACUCUUCAGUGUACCCACUGUUGUUGUGAUGGGUGCUGAGCCUGCAGAGGUUGUGCCAACCCCUCUCCCCGUUACUCCACGCUCCAAGAAGAAAUUGGUGCGAGAGGAAACUCCACCAGACCAAGACAUGCUGAACAUCCACAAGGUUUUACUCAAAAGCAGCAUGCAGCAGGAGAAGGUUCCACCUACUACAUCUCUGGGGAUCACAGUGAUCCUGAAGAGAGACAUAUCAGCAUUCACUCCUUCGUACCAGUGA